UGAAGAAAUGAGGCCAAUAUUUUGCGGCAACUUGGAUUUUGAUGCGCGGCAGUCAGAUGUUGAGCGGCUUUUCAAGCGAUAUGGGAAAGUUGAGAGGGUGGAUAUUAAGUCUGGAUGGGGUUGUUGUGCAUUCAUGCACAUGACAUCUCCUUCAUGCUGAGAACUGAGAAGCUUGAGCUCUUUAUCUGGAUGUUUGCUUGGAGUAAGUUCUAAAGAGGAGAUGUUUGCGCACAAAAGAUUUCAGCUGUUAUUCAAAAGGGUCACUAUGUUAUUCCUUAAAAAUGUUAUUUGGAUGGGAUUACUUGGAAUGUCCAUGCUCUUCUUGGAUGGAUCUGCUUAUCUGCAUUUCUUUUGUAGCAUGUGCCCAAGCAUCACUUAUUGUAUUUUUCCAGAAGAAUUAAUUUGAUCUGCCUUAGUCCUGCAAUCCUACUUUCCCUCAGACACCAUUGCUUUUUCAUUCAUCAUGACUUUUGCUCCAUGUUCAAUUUCCGACAUGUUCCAACAUAGAUUCCAUGAUGAUAUCGCACCCACUGGCAGGAUUUGCUUUUGUCUAUAUGGACGACGAACGAGAUGCUGAGUAUGCAAUUCGAAGACUUGACAGGACAGAAUUUGGUAGGAAGGGACGCCGGCUUCGUAUUGAGUGGACCAAGCAUGAAAGAGGGAUUAGGAGACCUGAUUCAAGAAGGCCUUCAGCUAACACAAAGCCCUCAAAAACCUUGUUUGUUAUCAACUUUGAUCCAGUCCAUACCAGGACAAAGGAUCUGGAGAGGCACUUUGAUCCCUACGGGAAAAUUACAAACGUAAGGAUUAGAAGGAAUUUUGCUUUCAUUCAAUAUGAAUCACAGGAGGAUGCUACCAAAGCUUUGGAGGCAACAAAUACAAGCAAGUUCAUGGAUAGGGUUAUUUCUGUGGAAUACGCUGCUCGUGAUGAUGAUGAUAAAAGAAAUGGGCAGAGUCCUGACAGGAGGGGCCGUGAUAUGUCUCCUGAGAGAAGAGGCAAUGAUCGUGGGCGAUCUCCAAGUCCGUACCGCAGAGAUAGGGGAAGCCCUGAUUAUGGCCAUGGUGCCCGCGUAAGUUCUAGAACUGAAUCAAGAAGAAGUCCUGAUUAUGAGAGAGCUGCAAGCCCAGUCAAUGAUAGAUCUCGUCCAAGUUCUAGACCUGAUCCUAGAAGAAGUCCGGAUUACGAGAGAUCUGCAAGCCCAGUCAAUGAUAGAUCUCGUCCAAGUUCUAGACCUGAACCAAGAAGUCCCAGUGAUGAGGGAGCUAUAAGCCCCGUCAACGAUGGAUACCGCAGCCGUUCACCCCCACCCCGGGAAAGAUCUCGUUCCUGAGAACCAGCAGGAAUAUGCAGCCUCUUUGUAGUGGUUAGCUGAUCUUAUCUUUGAUUUGUAGUUGAGAUUCUAAAGUUUGGUUAUUCCUUGUUAUUAGUAUUCGGAUUCAUGAGCUUAAACUUGAAUGUGCUUUCAAAGUGACGAAUUCAAAGUUUAUUUAGUAGCCAAUCAAUGGUUUAUCGGGCAUCUGUGUUCGAUACCUAAAUUGUUAUUUUUCUGUGAGCUUGAAGCACUAGGAGGGGUAACGGUGUAAUCAAAUUGUAUUGGUGUAAUUUCGUGAGCCUGGUUUUGGCGUGAAUGUUGAAUGCUGCACCUCAUUUUAAAAUACGAUAUAUGAUCUGUGUUUUUCCUUUU